CUAUGUUCUUUGAAUUACGGUAGUGUGCUCUGUUUUCUAGUUUCAGCGCAGCUUGAAUUUAUUCCUUAAAUUAUUUUUCAAUUGUUGGAUAUCAAAGUAAUCACUUACUAAACUGAUGAUUUUAUUCUUAUCUUUAUAUCGAAUCUCAGUUUAGAUAGCAUUAGUAGGCUAAUCUUUUUUAAUACUUCCAUUAGUGGCCGAUUCUCUUGCUCUCAAAACUUAGUAUCCUUGUAAAUCUACAAAUAUAUUUUUAUAGUCUGAUCUUCAGUUAAAUGAAGCUAUGGUCUCUAUCAUUAUGUGUUCCAUUUUUCGGCUAUAUGCACAGUCUACGUUUCACGUUACUCGAGGAUUAGGAUAAAUAGAGCUUUUUGCAAUAGCCUAUAACUGAAUAAACGGUGCAGUAGUCUACAGAAUAUAAGCUGAUGUAUUUCCAUUCUCAAGUCUUGUUUCAGCUAGCAUUUGGUUGUUAAGUGCUUUGGAAUAGUGAAUUGGUGACUACAGUGUCAAAUGUAAAAAUUAAUACCGUUUAUUAAUAUAGAUUUUGAUUGUCUGAAUUUUUACCAACCUUGGAAACUGACUGAUUGAAAAUGUUUCACAAUGUUAUGGCCUUUACAACUGAUAUCGAGUUCUAGAAUCCUCUUUAUCGAGUUGUAUAGGGUAGAUGAGUUACUGUUUAUGUUAGAGAACAGUAACGUCUAAGUGAUUCUGUGCACAUGGGAGGAAAAUAUAUGUUUUAGCAGCCUAAGUGAGUUAUUACGCCAUCUAACUUAUAGUCAAGUGAUGAGAAAUGUGUUCAGAAAAGAAUAGCUCGUAUAUAAAGCUUCAAAAGAACAAUUCUCCGUGGUACCAUGGGCGAUUGGACAGAUGUACGGCGGAAGAGAGACUGUGGUCUGCCGGGGAUAUGGGCAGUUACCUAGUGAGGGAGAGCGACAGAAAACCCGGCUCAUAUGUGCUGUCUUACUUGGGACGCACGGGCAUCAACCAUUUCAGGAUAACAGCAGUAUGUGGAGACUUCUACAUAGGCGGCAGGCAAUUCGAUUCUCUUCCCGAUCUGAUAGCCUACUACACCAGUUGCUCGGAUCUGCUCAAAUCAGAGCGUCUCGACAAUCCAGUUGCCCCUCCUGAACCAGUCAAUGACAAGAAACGAAUUGUGGCCAUACUGCCUUACACCAAGAUGCCUGACACUGAUGAGCUCAGUUUUCAAAAAGGUGACAUCUUCUUCGUGCACAACGAUAUGGGCGAAGGAUGGCUGUGGGUGACUGCCCAUCGGACAGGGGAGCAAGGCAUGAUAUUCCGCGACUUGGUCGAUGAUUUAGAUGACUCCAUCGACCCUAAUACUGUAUUCAGCUGGUUCCAUCCUAAUUGCACCAAGUCAGAAGCUGUGGAUCUGCUAGUUAAAUCUGGUCCCGGUUCGUUCCUAGUCCGCCCGUCUGACAAUUCACCAGGCGACUAUUCGCUCUUCUUCCACAUCAACAACCAAAUCCAGCGAUUUCGCAUCGAGAAGAAGGGAGUGCGCUAUCUGAUGGGAGGACGUACCUUCGAGUGCUUGGAUGCAGUCAUCAACCGAUACAGGAAGGAGCAAAUCGUUGAAGGCCAUUCGCUAAUCAGACCCGUUUCCACGGUCAGUCUUGUCUAUUGUGGCUCCAUCUCUUAGUGAAAUUGGUUAAUUUCAAGCUUUAAAUUGCAUAAUUAUGUUAUUCUAAAUUUUGGAGAUGUGUCAAUCAUUAUGACAACUUUAAAAUCAGGUUU